AUGGCUACCAAAGAGAGUAAGCAGAGGAAGUUAGGUGGUUUCUUGAGCACUUUCUACAGGUUGAGUACUAAAAGUCAGAAGCCAAAACGCGAGCCUGCUGCAAUGGUAAAUAACAAGCCUGUUUCACAGAGUUUGCUGUUAAAGAAAUUGGAAAUUUGUCAAACCAUAGAGCAGGCUGGCCAGAAAGGAGUGGAAAAUGAAGGAAUUGGAGGAGGAGGAGGAGGAGGAGGAAAGGUUGUUGAAGGAAGGAAGUCUGUUUCUCACGUUGAAACGAAUUUGUCAUCAGUGAUUUCGUUUCUUCAGGUAAAGGUUUUGGUUUCUGACAUGCCUGGAUUCAUGCAAGUGCAUGCCUUCCGCUGUGCCAGGAGAACUUAUGAUAGCUUGGAGAAGUUUAGCUCAAGACACAUGGCUUAUAACAUGAAGAAGGAGUUUGAUAAAGUUUAUGGACCGGCUUGGCAUUGCAUUGUGGGCUCAAAUUUCGGCUCAUUUGUUACACACUCAACAGGUUGCUUUCUCUAUUUUUCCAUGGAGAAACUGUAUAUUUUAGUGUUUAAAACAAAAGUUCAGAGGGUUGCAAAUUGAGUUUAAUCAAAUAUAGAUACCUG